GUCCCAGGCUGCUCCGCGGCCACGCAUGCUUCCUAAGGCGCUUCCUACUCCGCUCCUGCCGGGAUCGGGGCGGCCGGGGCGCCUUCCCCUCAUGGGGUGAGGGUGCCGAUGGCGGCGGCCGCGCUCCAGAAUGGAACAAAUGGUGUUUGGUGUUUUCUGCUUUGGACUGGGCAGACUGGAUUCAGAAAGCACAGAGGCUCAACUCUGAGGCAGAGACCACAUCUGCUACUGGAAUAAGCCACUUGCAUAGUGAAAAAAAGUAUGUUCUCCUAGUCCCAGGAUAAGUUUGAUUUUGAAUACCGGUGUUCUUUUUAAAGUGACAAUACAAAGGACAAUGCACAGUGUGUAUCCUGAUGACAUUUGGUGUGCUGUGACAUGGCUUUUGUCAUGGCAUCUGAGACUGAAAAGGCCCACGCUCUUCUCCAGACUUUCAGCGCAGCUUCAGUUAUUUCCAGUCUAGGUUUGGGGAUAUUCUGCUUCAUAGCAGACAGACUUCUGCAGUUUUCCUUCAUUCAGCAAAAUGACUGGCUCCGAGCCUUCUCUGAUAAUGCAGUGCAUGGUAUACUGGGAAUGUGGUCCUGGGCCAUAGUGAUUGGACUCAGGAAGAAAAGUGACUUCACUGAGGUCACUCUGGCUGGCUUCCUCGCCUCUGUCAUUGACGUGGACCACUUCUUUCUUGCUGGAUCCCUCUCCUUAAAGGCUGCUCUGACUCUUCCACGGAGACCACUUCUUCAUUGUUCUACCAUGAUUCCCGUUGUGGCUCUGACAUUAAAGUUUAUUAUGCACCUUUUCAGGCUUAAGGACUCAUGGUGCUUUCUUCCCUGGAUGUUGUUCAUAUCCUGGACUUCUCAUCAUGUCCGUGACGGGAUUCGUCAUGGCCUCUGGAUCUGCCCAUUUGGAAAAACUCCUCCUUUGCCAUAUUGGCUGUAUGUGGCAAUUACAGCAUCUUUACCUCAUCUGUGUUCAUUCAUCAUGUAUUUAACAGGCACUAGAGAAUUAAUGUCCAUAAAACAUGGAAUCCACAUUGAUGUGUAAGAAUGAUACAAUAAAGCUUUUAAAGGCUGUUUGUAUUAUCUCCUGGCUGUCUAUUACUGAAGGGGUUUCUUUCUGUUUCCUACACCUUCCAAGUUAGGCAUUUUAAGGUUGUGGAGCCAGUUACAGCUGUGUCAAUUCCUUGUAGUCACAGAACCUAUUUAAUGAAUGGUGAUAAUUUUAUAUCUAUACAUUUCCCUUGUAAAGCAUGUGAUCUCCCAUGAUAGCUCAUGCAUAGAUAGCUGAUUUAUAAAGUUCUUAGUCUCUCUCUGUAGUAAUUGCAUUACUGUCAUGGAUUUUAUUGUCAUGGUGCCAUUCUUCUGAUCACCAUUCACUUUGGAUUUGUAUUUUGCCUUUAGAGAAUACAUUUCAAUCUAGAUAGUAUUUGUAUAGGGCUUUAAAAAUAAAAAGUACUAUAUAAAUGCUAAGUAUUACUGGGGAUUUAAUAGUGUAUGGCAGUUGUAAAAAAAAUGUUAGCCUUUUGAAUUUAUUUAUUUGUUAAGAGUCCUGCUGGACUCUUAUAUUGGACUGUUUUAAAAGAAACACUGUCUGUAUUUCACACUGUGCAGCUGUCUAUGCACCUCUUCAAACCCUGCUAUCAUGUAGAGUUUUAGUAAAUUCUGUUCCCCUGUAGUUGCUUGGUACUAAAUUUGCAGAUAAUUACUAGCUUAGAAAAGAGAAGGCAGUUUGGUUAUAGUAUUGACCAAAUUGUUUUUAAUUUUUAAAAAUACACUAAUUAUGAAUACUAUUGAAUUUGAAACUAAGGAAUUUUAGUAAAUAUUUAAGGGUUGUGUGAAGGCAAACAUUUAUUACAGUAAAACAUAAGCUUUAGAGAAGAUAGAAGAAAAUAAAAAUUGCUCAAAAUGUGUUUGCUUAAAGACAUUACUGUCUUACUGUACUUGUAAAUGGCAUUUUCCGUUAAGUGCAAUAUCAUCCUCAUAAUUGUUAAAUAAAAUGUAUUAUUAUUAUUAUUAUUAUUAUUAUUAUUAUUAUUAUUAUUAUUAUUAUUAUUAUUAUUAAUUGGGAUUACUGGUUUAAUCAGUACCAGAGACCUUCUGUGGCUCUUUGCAAUACACUACGCUAAUUAUGGAAAAUGUUUUACCCCUUUAAAAUGUGUCUUUCCACCAAAAGAAUAGUCUCCGCACUGUUUGUUCCUCAUGUUAGAAAUGUGUGCUAAUGCAAACUUGUCUGACAGUACAGUUUAGCCUUUAUUAUAAAAUGAAUAAAAGGUUUCUUUCUUGGAAAGAAAAUUGGAAAAGCAGAACAUUCCUUAAAGGGUUAUCCUCAUGCCAUGGAUUUCUGUCUCUUAUAGUGUUCCAGAAACAACAUAAGAAAUGUCUUGCUUUAGAGCCCUCAGAGCAAGAACUGUCUUUUAUGCAAAGGCAUGAUGGUUUACUAGAGAAGCACUGCUCAUUCAUUUACUUCUGUCCUGUAUUUUAAACUGCAGGCUAUGAAUGCCAGUAAUGAAUAUAUUUGGUACAAGGAGUGAACACUGAAGUCCGUGUAGAAAAUUUUCAAUAUUCUUGUUUCAUGGUAUAAUAUUUGUAUAAUUUUGUGCUUUAUCCAGAUUUGUUGCAAAGGGAAAUGCAUAUAGGAACAAAGUGAAUUGCACUUUCUCACUUUUAGACUGUAGCUCUAGGAUUUUUGGUAACUAUGUGUCCACCAAUGGUCCUUAAGAUUGGUACUGUACUGUUCUAGCUAUUUUUAAGGAUCAACUAAUGGGGAUGUCUUCAGUAGUUUAAAACCACAUAUUUUCAUUCUCUGUAUUUCUAGCUAUUUUUGUGUGAGUUUUUACAGUAAUUAUUAGCUGUGUUUCAAAAUACUGUUUUUUCUGGUCAUGUUCUUACACCAGUUCUACGACAGCAAUGGGUGAACACCACUUGGAAAUGUGUUAAGGAAAGUAGCGAGCACUUGUAAUACAUGACUUCUUUCCCUCUCCUUCCAAACAGGCAUGGCAGUCUCGCACCUCAACCUGACAUUCAGGCAACUAUAGCUGACACUGGCAACUUUACAAAGUAAACAGAGAUGUUGCAUGCGUUGCUGUAAUUUGUACAUAGACAGAGUAGAGUACAAAGGAGAACUAAAACUGUUUGACUCACCUGUGUGUCACGGGCAGAGUGGGAGCUUCAGAAAAAGUUUAUUAGAGAAGUACCCCCCCAUUGAGUCAGGAGGCACAGAAGGGACCCUCUUGCUUUCUAAACUCCUUCUCAGAGAGGCAUCUAGGUAUGGCUGGAUCCAGUCUUAGCCCCAAACUUUGCCAAUGGUUUAUGUCUAAAGGAUUAUACAUGUGGAAUUAAACCUUAAUACAGCUUUGUCCCACAGAAUUAAGAAUGGCAGUAUUUAUAUAAAAAUAAAUUCUUUAUUGUGAUAAUGAUUAGACUAAAAGGUCUUAACCAGAAUUAUUUACUACAGAGUAUUGGUAGCUGUAUAGUGCAGUGCGGUAUUUUUGACACAAUAUUGAAGUUAUUAUAUUAAAGCAGUUCUAUUGAAGCAAUUAUGUCAAAGCUAGCAAAAGCAAUUAUUAAGCAGAGAUUGAUGUUACUCAGCCAUACCAACAACUGUGAGCAAAUCUCGUUCUCUCAGUCUUGAGGAGUAACCUUGAGGGCCAUCCCCACUCCAGAGAGGAAUUUUCACACACACUCCAGGAAGAGGGAUGUUACAAGAUCCUCAAAUUAAAAAGUGGAAACUGGGCCAUAUGUUUCUGGGUCAGCUGUGUCAGCUCAGCAUCUUUCAAUCAGUUUAUCAGUGGUAUUACUUGGUUGUCCUAUAGCAGGUACUUUACCAGGUCUACCACACCUUCACCUCGCUGUCAGGAUGUUUAACUCUGGGCUGAUGAGUCAGGCUAGUUUCAGCAUUAUUCCACACCAAAAGCAGCAGGACAGCCCCCUUCUCCAUUCACCCGUAGCUUUGGAAAGAGGGCAUUGUUGGAGUUGUUUUACCCCCACUCCAGGCAGAGCAUCCUGCUACACCAUGUCACCUGGGAGAUACACCUGCCUGUUACAGGUGAAUUGCCUAACAAUUCCUUGCCGGUAUUUCAUGUACAUUUCAAAUUCACUGGUAUUUUUCAGCUAUGCAUUGAUGCCUGCCAUGUGUAGCAAAACCACGACGAAAAUAAAACAAAAUGCUAAAAACAUA